GACACUUGAGCUACGUGGAUGUAUUUUCGAUAUCGUCACCGCAUCAGUUCAAGAAGACCUAAAGAAAGGGUUGAUCUUCUCAUACUCUCUUUGAUUCGUUUGUUACAUUUUCUGAGAUCGCAGGAGGUUGUUCUCAUGGCUGCCGCAGCACCGUCAGUUUCAUCUACUAAGGAGACUACCAACUACGCUCGCUUGUGUCGUCUGCUGGUUGAUGUUGGUACCCAGGCCCUCCGCGACACAUUCGAUGCCAUUCAUCCCCCAGCCAAUCUUCACACAGUUUUGGCGAGUAACAAAACUAAGUUACAGUCACUGAGAACAAGAAAGAUUAUAAAUGCAACGCAAUGGGGAAAACUCUAUCCUUUUAUUCCAUCCUCAGUGUCUUCCAGAGAUUUUGAUAUCACCCUUUUGACGGUUUUGCUGCGAAACUUUUGCGGCUUACCUUCUCCUAUAGCAGGCUGGGAUACACUUCCUGCUGCAACAGAUGUGAGUCUUGAAGCUGAUAUUGCCCGAGUUAAAUAUUACAGGAACACUGUAUAUGGUCAUGCUGAGUGUGCUUCAGUUGAUGAUGCGACGUUCAACGCAUGCUGGGGCGACAUCCGGGACACUCUGGUGAGGCUGGCUGGAGUGAAAUACAAAGCAGCUAUUGACAAUCUUGAAACUGAGUGUAUGGACCCUGAGAUUGAAGAUCACUACAAAGAACUGCUCUGUCAGUGGAAGAAAGAUGAAGAUAACUUGAAAGAUAAAUUGGAUGAAAUCGGAUAUGGGAUUGAAAUAGUCAUGAAAAGACUGGAUGAUUUAAAAUCACCAACCUUAACUCCAAAGGUGCACCUGGAUAACGAAGGAAUGAAACAAUUAAAGGUGGAAGAAAUCGGGGACUCAAACAGUCCUGGUUUGUGUGAAGAAAGAUGUCAUGAGAACGAACCACUUCAAUUUUACUGUCGAGAAUGUGAGAUCUGUAUCUGUCACAAGUGCAAACUUAUUCCUCACCAUAAUCACACUAGCGUUAAAAUACAACAAGUCGCUGAUGAACAAAAGGCUCUAGUCUUCGAUGUUCUUCAGCGCCUAAAAACAAAGAUUGACGCCUGCAAAAACCGAAUGAAAAGGUUGUCCGACUUGUGGAACAUUGUACGACACGAAAUCACAAUAGCUCGCACCUGCGUGCGAAAGACUGUGGAAGACGUUAUUCGGGUUGUAAGGGAACACGAAAAGGCUGUUUUGGAAGAUUUAGAAAGGAUUGAGGAAGAACAAGACAAAAGUCAUGCAUUACAGCAAGAACGCUAUCAACUGUUAAGUGCGCAGCUUAAAGACAGUGUACAACACUGUGAAGACAUUUUGAAGAGAAACAACUGCAUAGAAAUUCUGCAAACACAUCAGACCGUUGUGGAACGUUGUAAAGGUCUUCUAAACACUUGUAAAUUGAACGUUUGCAUGCCAUCACACGUUAGUUAUUUGUCAAACGAUGAAGCUGUUCAGAACAUCAUGCAAACGAUUCUUGGACAAGUUAUUGUUAGUUCUUCAAACUCUCUGAAGUCAGUGGCUGAAGGAGCUGGUUUAGAAUGCGCAGAAGUUGGUAGAAAAAGCGAUUUUGUGAUAACAACAAAAGAUUUCGAAGGGAAAGUGUGUUAUUACAAGAACGACACAGUUACCGUUAGUAUCAAGACACCGUUAGGGGAAGACAUAGACGAGACAAUCACCAACAAGCAAGACGGUAGAUAUAUUGUGACUUUCACGCCAACUUGUACAGGAAUACAUCGCGUGACGAUAGAGGUGAACUCUCAGCCACUGACCGGUAGCCCCUGGAGUAUUCGGGUACAUCCGCACCGAUACAGACACGUGUUUAAAUUCGGCUCAAGGGGAAAAGUUCAAGGACAGUUUGAAGAUCCCUUUGAUAUUGCAGUGUGCGAUAAGUCAGGCAAUAUUGCAGUCGCAGAUUGCCAAAAUAAUAGAAUUCAACUUUUUGGUUCAGAUGGCAAGUUUUUGCGUGAGUUCUGUCAGAAAGGAGACGGCCCUAGCAGAUUCCAUGAGCCGUUCUCUGUCGCGUUUACCAGGUCUGGUGAAUUGGCUGUCGUGUCUUCAGGCCAGAUUUCACUAUUCUCUGAAGAUUGUCAUUUUAUAACACACAUUACCAAUGAGCUAUUAAAAUCUCCUUGGGCAUUGUCUAUUACAUGUGACAAUCAAAUGGUUGUUUGUGACAAUGGCGACAAUUCAAUCAAGGUCCUCUCCAUCGACGGUACAGAAUUGAUAAAGUGUUUCAGUUCUCCAGAUUGUGAUGAGGCUCCGUGGUUUGCUAUUUUUCACCAGGACCGAUUUUUUGCGAGCUACGAUGGGCUUGGGUGUGUCAAGGUUUUUAAUAAGGAAGGAGUGUUCUGCCGUAACAUUGGAAUGGAGGGGCCUCACGCUAGACGGUUAGAUGGCCCAUUUGGCUUUGCUGUCGAUAAAUAUAACAACCUGAUAGUCUGUGACUAUGAAAGCAAACGAUUACAAGUAUUUACACUGGAUGGGAAGUAUGUCCAUGGUGAAGACCAGUUGAAUGUGACACCAUGGUCUGUUGCCAUGUCGAAGAAAGGACAGUUAUUUAUCACUGAUCCAACUGAGAACUGUGUUCAUGUUUUUGAAUGACAAUCUCUUUUAAAACCUGUAAAAACUGGCACAUAAGUGAUGUUAGUAGCUAACAUGACAAUUUCCAAGUCUUGUAUGGAUUAGUAGACACAGUAGAGACCAAUUUCUUAGGCGUGUUCACUCCUCCUGAGAAAAACAAUAUUCUUUUGUGGAAAUUGAUGCGUUGAACUCUUUUCUUUUCCAGCUUCAAUUUUUUGCAAUGCCUAUGUUUGUUUCCUUUUUCUGUCUUGCCUAAAUUGUAAUUAUUUGACGAAACGCACGUGUUUCCAAGUCUCUGAGUCUCAGAUAUGUUCGGUCGGUUGUCUCUCUAUAAAUUUGAACGCAUAUGUUCCUUACAUAUCUCCAAAAUCAGUACUUG